CUUGAUUCUCCGGUACCUUGCUGAAGCCAUGGCUUCCAUUUCACUUUCAUGCUUUGCCCAUAACUCCCAUUAUCAAGCUUGUGGUUCUUGCAUUUUGGACCGUGCUCAAGCUCAUCAUAUUCUUUAUAUACACUAUAAUGGGCGACAUUCAAACCAGGCCAUUUUCCAAAAAUUCUAAUAGCGGUCUUAUCAAUCAGACUGUGAUUGGAAUAGCAAUCACUGUGUUAUGUGUGGGUGGUCAGGAAUUGAUGAAGAGAGCGAGGCGAGGCAGUAGAACCAAUCGCAAUGGAGUUUUGGGUAGCCGCGAAUCUUGGGAAUUUGGCUAUCUUUACCAAGGCAGAUCCUGGGCCAGAUAUGCUUCACCUCCCAUACCUCUGCAUUGGCCCUUGGAAUGGAUACCCCAGGUACUCAGGUUCCCCGAGGAACAACUAAACCAACUUCGAGGAGUCGAUGCUGCUCUUUAUAUCCGUUUUCUCCGAGGCUGUUUCUGGUUCAUCCUCCUUCAGACAUGUACAACUUUCCCUAUCCUCUUCCCCAUCCACGUCAAGUUCUCCAAUGACUCUAUCUCACCCAAAUCCAUGACCCGUGCCUCUAUAUCCUCAUUAGUCGACACGACAACCGGUCUAUCCUUACUCUGGAUACACAUCUGUUUGAUGUUCUGGAUUGCUCUUUCCUGGAUGGCUACAUUAUUUUGGAUAAUGCAUGGUGCCUUUCGAAUGCGCUCUGAUAAUAUUGCGGCAACUGCUCGGCGGAAGGCUCUGAGAGACUCGGAUGGCCAUGAAUAUCAUCCUCACCCACACCCCCCGUAUACCUUUGCCGAAAGUCCAUCCCUCGAUACUAAUACUCCCGUCGAGGGUCUUCGUUUUCGCACAAUAAUGGUCUCAAAUGUGCCACCUCAGCUUCGUAACGAGUCCGAACUGAAGGAGUACUUUGAGUACUAUAUGUCUCGGAAGCUAGAAAAGCCUGCCCUCGGCGUGAACUCCACUACUCAACCGGGGAUGUUCAACAAAGUGUUUUCGUUUCUAUUUAACCGUGUGAAAAAGUUACCAGUCUACCUGCCCCAGGAAGGCAAAGAAAACACGGGUCAUACGGAGGAGACAGCGAAUCCAGAUGACAAACCGGUCAUCGAGAGAGUGGUAAUCGCACGAAAGAUGACGGAGUUGGCAUCUUUGUUGGAGCGUAGGGAGGAGAUUCUCCGGCUACUCGAGACGGCGCAUAUAAAGCUGGCGAAUACCACUUUGAACGCCGUCAAACAUGCCAUGGAGCGCAAAGCCAAUGCAACCUCUUUCACGCGGAGCAGUUCUCGUGCGGGUCUUAUUGCGAAGCAGAGGGCACAACAAACCAAUUUAGAAGCCGGUGACGCCUCGCAAGAUGGAACAAUGACCGAAGAACAGCGCAUUGAACGACUGAUCAAGGCCUUGGGACCUUAUGUCGAUGAAUUUGGAAUCAAAUCAUAUCCUUAUCUUAGAAAGUCAUUCAAAGCCCGAUAUUCGUUCAAAAAAGUGCGAACGGACCGAUCUCUGGAUUCUGAUUCUGAAUCAACCGAACCACCGACAUCCCCAAUAUACCCUCCAUCCACCGUUGCGAGUCACCCCCCUCGCCGCCAGAAAACAGUCUGGGAUGUUCUGCUCAGCCUUCCACGGUCCAAUAUCGAUGCAUACCAGCCUCUGGUCCGGCUAUCUCAUUUGUUUCGCGGGAAGACAGUUCCUUCCAUCGAUUACUACACGGCAAAAUUGAACUUGCUUACCGCGCUGAUCACUGAGAACCGUGCAAAGCCGGCAAACCGGUAUGAUCCCGUGUCGACUGCGUUUGUGACGUUUGCGGAGCCGGAAGACGCGCGGAGGGCUUGCAAGUACCUUGCCGUGCAUCCGAACAACCCUUUGGCAUGUAUAGCGACGAUGGCUCCUCAGUAUCAAGAUUUAGAUUGGCAAAGAAUUAUGAAGAGUUCCUUUAAGGCGGAGUUUGUCAAAGAUUGGGUGGUCGAUGCUGGUGUAUGGGCGUUCACCAUAUUCUGGCUGUUUCCCGUUUCACUGUUGGUUGGUUUGGUGUCAAUUCAGAACAUUUCUACUUUCUGGCCUUCGCUGAAAAGAUACCUUGAUAAUCAUCCAUGGGAAGAAGAAGUCAUUCAAUCUUUCGUCCCCACCCUUCUCGUCGCCUUGCUCGCGCUACUCAUACCCCUCAUCCUCCUGCUCAUUGGCAAAAAAGCACACACGAUAACCACGCUUUCUGCUCUUCACGACCGUAUAAUGACACGUUAUUACAAGUUUCUCAUCGUCAACGUUCUAGUGUUCUUCUGUGUUGGCACAGCAGCCCUGCAAUCUAUCUUGGACUCAGUUGGCGCGUCUAGUGCUAACACAGUAUUAAAUACGGUAGCAACAAGUUUUCCGAGCGCAGGGCCAUUCUAUGUUGGUUGGUUGAUUUUCACCACCGCUAUGCAUGGUGGUUUCGAGAUCGCACUGUUUGGACUCCCGCUCAUUAUGUAUCCGACUACGAAACGCCAAGUUACCCCACGGAGGCGUGCAAUUGGCAUACGGCCUCGAACUUUCAACUACUACUAUUGGCUUCCCACUCAUCUAUUAGUUAUCCACGUGUUAUUGGUGUUUUCCGUGCUCAAUCCUGUGGUCAUACCGUUUGGCCUGUUAUACUUCUUUGUUGAAUCCGGGGUCGUCAAGAAUCAAUUGAUUCAUGUGUAUGCCAAGAAUUAUGAGGGAAACGGCCAACUGUUACUGAUUCGAGCAAUACGGUAUUCUCUGGAUGGGCUUGUUCUCUCCCAGACCGUCUUCUUGGCGUACAUGGUAGUACUCAAAAAGUCUGUGAACAUUGGUCUUUCGGCGUUUCUUGCCGUUUUCACAAUCUCCGUGAAGAUAUUUAUGACGCGAAUAUGUCGAGCCCAAUUUGAGAACGACGAUAUUCGUGAAGCUAAAUUGGUAUGCGGCAGAGCGCCGUCCUCCGACAUUACUCCUACAGAAACAAGAAUAUUGGAGGAAGACGUUGAAGCAGCAACGGGAAGUCAAACCCAGCAGGAUCUUCCUAUACAUGAUUCAUCCUCGACAUCGCGGUCCAAAUUCUCAGUUCGGCUUCCUGAAUGGAUAUCAUCUUCUUAUGCCACUAUUCGGCAACGCCCUCGUAAUAUCGCCCACCGUGCGCCAAUUCCUUUCUCAGAUGAUAGGCCGAGUUUCUCUCGGUUAAUGUCCAUGCGCAGCACGGCUGUCGGCUCCCCCACAGAAUUACCCCCUACUAUUGCAGCAUUGUCAAGUACGGCUCACGAAAAUUCUGGGCCAGUGACCCCUCAUCCUCCGCCGAUUUCCUGGGAUGAUCAAUCCACACUUGAUCUUCCCUACGACAAUCCCUACUAUACACGAGCCAUCAGUAAUGUUUUAUGGCUUCCCCGAAAUCCUUGUGGUACCCUUGACCUCGAUGAUACAGUGGAUCUGAAAGUAGCUAUUUCAGUCGACCCUACGACAGGUAAAAUAGGGACUUGGAGUGUAUCCGGCGAAACGAGGUCACCUUCUGAUGCUGUUGAGUCUAUCUCUGAUUCCUUCAGACUCUCGCCUGCUCCAUUUUCCGAUGGUGGUGCUUCAAUGCUUAGUGGAAACUCAGGUGUCAACACUGGGGCGUUCCCUUCGACUUCUGAGCCUGAAAUCGAUGGCACAGAAAAUAUUGAACUCCCAGAGAUAUUGGCCAAGAGAGCGCUACAGAAAGACAAUGUUGAACCGGCUGUUCGACCACGACGCCCUUCAUUAUUUCAACAGCGUCAGAAUGAAAGGUCAUCGUCGCUCAGUCUUGGACCACACCGUCGGCCUAGUACAAGGCACCGUCAAACUUCGGAAUCUCGGUCAAUUUCGGAUAUCGCUAUCGCUGCUCAGACGAAACCUCAGAAGCAGAAAUCUAUAAUGUCCAUGUUUGACGACCAUUCCAUCUCCCACGAAAUUGAUCCUGCUACUCGACCUGACGCUCACGCACAGGCUGAAUUGGUGAUGGCUCAUCCCGCUCCAUCGCACAUGUCAAUAGAUCAUCCUCCUCCUACUCUGAAACGCGCAGUCACUAUUUCGGCGAAUCGUGCCAUCUAUCACGAAAUUAUCGCCGAAGAACAGCAGGCACUAGGCCAACGAUUGGUUGAAGAGCAGGCCGAAGCGGACAGGAAUAAAUCAACAAAGUCUUGGUUAACCCAAUGGAUGUUUAAGAAGGCGAAGUAAAUUAAAUCUUGUGUGUUUUCUUGUUGUAUUAAAUGUUGCUCAUGAUCUUCGAUUAUACCCUUGCUACAAUAUAGUGUACGGAUUAAUAUCAACGUUUCUUGGAUGUAUAGUAACGUAUAUCUUCCGCGCAAUUCCCCGUGCUAAUUUGCUUGUUCAAUGGAGCCGACAUUCUUCCACCAUUUACCCCAC